AUGAGCAAAAAACCGAAACCGAAACUGAAACCGAAACAAAACACUAAAGAUCAUAAGGGUAAUGAAGCUUUUGGAUCUAAAGGCGAAGAGAAAGUAGUUGAUGAUGAAGAAGAAGAGGAAAAAUUAUCCGAAGGUGAAAAGCUCUUAAGAAAGAAACGUGAUGUUGAAGAUCUAGAGAAGGAAGCUGAGAUUGCGAAGGGGAAUGGAGGGUGGAUUGAGGAGGAUCCCAAGGAGAUGUUGGAAGAGGAGCCAGAGGAAGAGUUUGAAAAAGAGAUAGAGGAAGAAGAAGACGAAGAGUCGGAUGCGGAGUCCGAAGUUAUCAAUCCUCCCUACGUUGCUAGAGUCCCUGCACAUCAUUUGGGCUAUAAUGGACCUACAUCCCGCUCAACAGAGGACCCUGAGACGUGGAGUCGACACCAGAGGCGGUGCCCACCCUUUGGUACAGAGUGA